AUGGAAGAAUUACAACAAAAGCAAUUACAAGAACCAUUUUAUUUUCAUUCAUCAUCUUCCGUUGGUGGCGGGGGUGGUGGUGGUGGUGGUGGGAGUUUGACAAAAGGCCAACAAAUAAAUCCAAAUUCGAUUUUUACAGACAACAAAGACAUGUUAAUCGAUGAAGAUUGGAAUUUCAAAAGCACCGGAAGUAUAUUAGCACCUUUGACCUUAUGUUUGUUAAUAAUGGUGACGUACAUAAUACUCGGGUCUAUUUUGUUUGUUAAAUUAGAAUCGUGGCCGUUCACGGAUUGUUGUUUUUUCUGUUUCAUGAGUUUAAGUACAAUUAAUUUAACGGAUUUAAUUAUAUUAAAAAAAAAUAUUAAAAAUACAACUGUGUGGUUGUGUUCCAUAUACAUAUUAACUGGAUUAGCCUUAACCGCAAUGUGUUUCAACAUACUACACGAAGAGCUUUUGAAAAGGCUCAAACGACAACUCAUGAGCGGUUUAUACACUCCACCGGAUUCAGAAUAUGAUAAUAAUAAUAAAAAUAAAAAAAAAUUAAAGAAAAAAAGAAAAAUGUAUGUUCAGGCGGAAGAUGUCGUCGUACCCGGACCGGAUUUAUAUACAUCAUCAUCAUCAUCAUGA